AUGACUCAAAAUCCCUCCAAAGUUGCAAUUCUAGGAGCCGGUGCAAUUGCCUACGCAACCGCAGCUAUAUUGUGUCGCGAUGGUCACGAUGUGACCCUAUGGUCCCCUUCCGGACGGCGUACAGAAAAAAUAGCAACCGGCGAACGACUGAUAGCCAAAGGGGCUCUCGUCGGCCAAUUCCAUCCACGCAUUUCUACAAGCUGCGCAGAAGCCCUGGCCGGUGUAGACGCAGUCGUGAUCGCAGUGCCGGGCUACGCCCAUCGUCAUGUUCUUGAUGCUGCCGCGCCUCACCUCCGUCGUGAGCAAGUGGUGAUUUUCAGCUCCCACAUAUCCCUUUCUGCGCUCUACCUCGACAAAUUACUACGCGAAAGAGGUGUUGUGCUGCCUAUAUGUGCCCUCGGAACGACUCUUGCCACUGGGCGGCAGCAGCCAGACCUCAACUCAGUCACCAUCGGCUCUAUUCGAGCACGCGUUGACGUGGCCAUUGUACCAGAACAAGAAACUGCUCGAGGACUGAGGGUCUGUCGCAGUUUAUUCGGUGAUCGGUUUGUGCUACGACCCAAUAUCCUGGCCGUAUCUCUCAGCAACAUCAACCCGGAAACACAUCUGGCCAUGGUCUUGUGCAACCUCACGCGCAUGGAGAUAGGCGAGAACUGGGGCCAGUGGAAGCACGUUACGCCUGCGGUGUCCCGGCUGCUCGAAGAGCUUGAUGCCGAGCGUCUUGCCAUUGCCAAAUCGUUUGGUCUUACGGUGCGCACGAUACACGAGCAUUUCCACUUGUCGUACAACUUGCCCAUGGGUCCACUCUCCGAGAUGCUGAAACCGCUGCAACAAGAAACAAAAGAUGUAAAGGGUCCAACCACACUGGACGCACGCUACGUCACGGAGGACGUGCCCUUUGGACUUGUACCGAUAGUUCGUUUGGCGGAACUUGCCGGUGUUGCGGCGCCUCUCCAUGAGAAUGGCGUGCGGUUACUGUCGGCGCUCUAUGGUAGAAACUUUGUGGAGGAGAAUGAUAUUUUGCCAGAGCUUGGUGCGUUAUCAGUGCCGAUGUUGGUCGGCGAGUCUGCGCGGGACUCGAGGUUGUAG